UGCGGGGCUCGAACUCCGCCUGUCCCUUGCCCCGCGCGUCUCUCAGCUCCCGGGGCGAUGAGCAGCUACCCGCGCUCCAGGCCCAUGAGCUUCAGCAGCCGCUCCCAGGGCUCGCAGCCCAGCUGGGGCUCCCUGUACCGGGCCGGCUCGGGCUUCCAGCCGGGGCUCCGCAGCUCCCCCAGCCUGGGCCGCCUCGGCCCCAGCGGCGUGUCCGGCUCCUUCCUGCUCUCCUCGAUGCCCAGCCUGGAGAUCGACCCCGCGCUGCACCAGAUCCGCAGCGAUGAGAAGGAGCAGAUCAAGGGACUCAACAACCAGUUCGUCUCCUUCAUCGACAAGGUGCGUAACCUCGAGCAGCAGAACAAAGUGCUGGAGACGCAGCUGAAGCUGCUGAAGGACAAGGACCAAUACAAGUCCAACCUGGGGCAGAUCAUGGCGCGCUCCAGCCAGAACCUGAAGCAGCAGAUCGAGACGCUGAGCCAGGACAAAGGCAAGCUAGGGACGGAGCUGGACCACAUGCAGGCAUUACUGGAGGAGCUGAAGGGCAGGUACGAGGACGAGAUCCAUCGGCGGAACCAGCUGGAGAACGAAUUUGUCGUGACGAAGAAGGAUCUCGACGAACUGUAUCUGCAGAAGGUGGAUAUCGAAUCGAAGCUGGAGAGUAUCACGGACGAAAUCAACUACCUCAAGCAGCUGUACGACGAGGAGAUCCGGGAGCUGCAGUCCCAGAUCCAGAACACGCAGGUGACGGUGGAGAUGGAUAACAGCCGGGAGCUGGAGAUGAAGCAGGUCAUAGACGAGGUGAAGGCUCAGUACCAGGCCAUGGCAGCCAAGAGUCGGGAGGAGGCCGAACAGUGGUACAAGCACAAGUUCGAUGACAUGGCGACCCAGGCCCGGAAGCACAACGACGAGAUGAAAAGCAUCAAGGAUGAGAUUGCGGAGCUGAACCGCUACGCCCAGAGGAUCAAUGCUGACAUCGAGGCCCUGAAGAACCAGCGAGCCAACCUGGAGAGCGCCAUCGCGCUGGCGGAGGAGCAGGGCGAGCAGGCCGUGCGCCGCGCCAAGGACACGGUGCAGGAGCUGGAGGAUGCGCUGAAGGGGGCCAAGCAGGACAUGGCGCGGAAGGUGCGCGAGUACCAGGAGCUGAUGAACAUCAAGCUGGCCCUGGAUAUGGAGAUCGCCACCUACCGCAAGCUGCUGGAGGGCGAGGAGAACCGGAUGAUCGGCCAAGGCCCGAACUCGCAUAGCAGCGCCAUGGACAAACGGGCUGGACUCCUGCCUUCCCGAGUGGCACUCCCCUCCCCAGGCAGGGCUGCCACACCGUCCGGGGCCGGGCCAGCCUCCUCGCCCAAGAGGCCGAUCCUGAUCAAGACCGUCGAGACCAAGGAUGGGAAGGUCCUCUCGGAGUCCAGCCACUUCUCGGAAAACUAGCCCAGGCACGAGUCGCAGGAGGUGGAUUUCAAGCUGCGUAACGUCCUGACUGCGGCCCAGUUCUACCCUGGGUCACUGAGGGUAGAACUGGGCCAGGAGAUUGUAAGCUCCACGGGGCAGGGACCUGGUCCCACAAUGCCUUUGCAAAGCGUUCUGCACAUCCAGGGUGCUAGGGAACCCACAAAGCUGUUGGCGUUUGCUGGCAGGCUCUGGGGGUCUCUGACUAACACCCCAACCUCGUUAGCAGGCAGGGAGCUGGCAAAACAAGGGUUAAAUGGGUGCUGGCUUGCUGAACAGCUGGUUCGUUAAUUCACUUAAUGUAAGGGUGGUGGGAACAGCCAGGGGGUGGCCGGGAAGUGGGACAGGCAGGCCUGCCGAAGGGAUUUUAGCAAGACUCUGUCCUAAUGAAUCCGACUCAGGCAGGGGACUAGCUCUGAGCUACGAUUGCAGAUCCUAGGACCGGUUGGCUGCUUCCUUUGGAGAUUUUAUUGUGCGGGGGCCAAGAGGGCAAAUUCUGCAACUGUCAGGGCUGGGCAAGCAGCAGCCACUUACUCUGUGAUUGAGAAAUAACUCUGGUCUAGGCUGGCACCCAGUGGGUCCUCCCCAUUCCAGAUUGUUAAUGCAUUGAAACCUGGCUCAAAUUGCUUGCAGGGGGCCAGACGCUGCGGGGAUGGGUGUGCGAAGAGAAGCUGAGCUGAACAGACUAAGCGAGGUGGCCUAGGAAAUAGGAUGCACAUUGUCCUCAGUCCAGGAGGGCAUAUGCGAGAGCCGUGGUUCCCUGCGGGGCCGCGAGCAGGUUUCAGAGGGGUUGCCAAGCAGGGCCGGCGUUAGAUUUGCAGGGGCCCAGAGGAGACAGCUGAAACCCCACUGCCUGGGGCCCUGAGUCCUGCCACUAAGGGCUGAAGCCGAAGCCUGAGCAACUUAGCUGUAUGGGGGGCCCUGUGGUGUGGGGCACAGGGCAGGUGCCCUGCUUGCUAACCCCUACCGCCGGCCCUGGCUUUUAUAAGCAGACACCCAGUUGCUGUGGCACAGGGGGGCCGGGGAGUUUUAAUAGCACGUUGAGGGGGCUCAGAAAGACAAACGUUGAGACCCCCUGGGCUAGAGUCAUCUCUUGGGCUAGAAGGGUGUUUAAGGCGGGAGGCCUCCUGCAUGGCUUUUAUUGUUAACUUCGUAGACAAAUCUCUGCUUCUCUCUGUGUGUCAAUUCCCCACGCGUUCCAGGGGGGGGGAGCUCCACCACCCAGGUGGGGGAGGGGAGGUCACAUAAUCUCCCUGCCCCAUGGAGUUUACACUCUUCAUCAGGCACCCCUGAUACUUUGCCCACUUGAAUAUGCGCCACGGCUCUCGACCAUCUCCCUGCCUGUGUGUACAUGUAAUUUUGACCCCCGGUGCUCCUGGCGGGCUCAGCUCCCUGGAAAGAAGGGAGCUGGUAAAGAGGCAGUUGUGAGCGGUUGUGUUCUGUAGCGUCUCUCUGUCAAUGUCCAGCUGCCCACGGGGGUGUUAGUCAGGAUUCCCUGUGCUAGCCAGCCUCUCCUCUUGAGCGCGCCCAAAUAAGGGGAGAACGAAACGGCUGAAAAGCGACCAGAAUAAAAAUGCUCUUUGCCCCGUU